UUGCAUUGCGCAAGGUAUUGGGGAGCCAUGGAGCACAAUUUCUGGGAGCUGCACAAGCGUCUUGGGGAGUGCUAUGCUGCGCAGAUGCAACAGAUGAAGACAGAAAGCCAGUCUCCUACGUGGGCAUCUUUGAAACCAUGCAGCCACGCCGAGUUUGGUGACCUGGUGGCUGCGGAACGGCGCUCUGUGUCUGCUGCAGCUGGACAAGUUGAUUCUAGAGUGACGCAAAAGGCGCAGCCGAAGCCGGAGUCCCCGGCCGGGCCCUGUGCGCCGCCCGUGUCAGAGCUCAAUCUCUUGUGCUUAAGCCAUGACGUGUCGAUGCGCAGGGGCUCAGGGCCUUUUGUGGACGACUUGCGCGCGGCGGGGGAGAAUGCAGACCUGAUCAGGAAGUCCGAAGGCCCGGAGAUGUCCAUGAAGCCUCGGGAGUUCUGGCAGGACGGGAGGAGCUCGCGGGGCCGGCGGCACGGCUGCGCUGUUCAGCUGCCCCGGCGAAUCGGAUUCCCAAAAACUUGGGAGACCACCUGCGCUCAGUUGCGCGUGCUGCAACAUCCUGGAAGCCGUUUCAGGGCCUGGUGGGGCACCGUGGGCGCUCUCUUGUUGUGCUAUGACUUGGUGGCCAUCCCUUUGCGCGAGUCUGGUCUGGGGGGGACGUCCAUGUUUGCAACGACGGUCAUGUCAUGGAUCAGCCAGUUGUACUGGAACUUUGAUUUGCUCCUCUCCUUCAUUGCGGGAUACUACGACGCUGGGGUCUUGAUCCUGGACUUGCGGAAGACCGCCAAGAGCUAUGCUUCAAGCUGGUUUGUUUUCGACCUGGCUGUGGUGAGUAUCGACUGGAUAAUUGUCGCGCUGAACACCAGAGAUGAUGGCAAGGGUGUAGCCCGCUUGUCCAAGACUGUCAGGGCCCUGCGGUUUCUUCGGCUGGCGCGACUGGGUCGCACGAUGAAGGCAGGCUCCAUGAUCGAGUCCUUGCGUGAGCAAUUCACCUCCCGGAUGGCCUCACUUCACUACGGCGUGGCGAAGAUCAUUUUGCGGCUGAUGCUGAUCAACCACAUCAUUGCGUGUUUUUGGUACAUGCUGUCCACGGAAGAGGAAGGGCCAAACUGGGUGAAAGGAAGCGGCUUGGAGGACGAAUCCCUGGCGUAUCUCUAUGCAACUUCUCUUCAUUGGACUUUCUCUCAAUUUGGUGCGGGACAGACCGCCGUGGAGGCCGUGACCUUGCCAGAGCGCGUUUUCUCCGUGGUGGUUGCCUUCUUCUGCUUGAUCAUGUUCUCGACCUUAGUCAGCUCAGUGUCAUCAAUGAUGGCAAAUCUGCAGCGAAUGAAGGAUGAGGAGAUCGAACAGUUCCAGUCCCUACGUCGCUUUCUGGCGCACAACAACAUAGAUGCAGACUUGUCACACCGCAUCACCCGCUUCCUGGAACACACUUGCGCAGCCAAGAAUGAGGUGAUGUCUGCGGAUGAGCGGAUUCCCAUGUUGAGCCUGCUGUCGACGCCCCUGCAAGCUGAGUUGCAGCUGCAAAGGCAUAAAGACUGUUUGGGGAAGUGUGCCUUUUUCCACAGCCUUUUGCAGCAUGACAGCUUCCAUGUGGUGCGGGCCAUGCGGAAUGUGGCGCUGAACUGUAUGUCACAUGCAGUGCAUGCCUCUGGAGAUGUCAUCUUCGUUGGGGGCACCCUUGCCAGCUCAUGCUUCUUCCCGGCAAGCGGUUCCCACAGCUACACCAACGCCAUCUCCACGCGGGAGGUGCGCAACGCGUGGGUGGCGGAGAUGUGCCUCUGGACCCCCUGGGUCCAUGUCGGGGUCCUGGUGGCGAAGGAUUCGUCUCGGCUCAUCUCCAUGGAAGUCACCUCCUUCUGCGAGUGCGUGGGAAAGGUGGUGGAGACCCGGCAAAUGGCUUCCGCCUACGCCACGCAAUACGUGGCAGCCCUGAAUGCGCAGAGCUUCUGGUCCGACCUGGCGGACGAGGAGCCCUUGUCCGAGGAGCAGGCGGAAAAGCGGACAGGGCGCUCUGGCGGCUGCUGUCCCUGGCGCCUCGUUCAGUUCGGAAAAGUGAUACCUUCAGAUGGCUCGGACUGAAAGACCUGAGACUUGUGAAGUUGUGAAGGGCGAGUUCUAAAAGAACAAAUCCUUCGCCCAAUUUUUGGAGGCGCAAGGGGGCGCAAGGGGCUCGCGGCUGGGUUAGAUCAGAGGAGCAUAACUUUUAAGACCCGUUGCAAGCCCCUUUGCACGUUCCAAGCAUGCCGGAGGUGUAGCUCACACGUUCCAUGUUUUUCCUUGCAUCUAAACACAUGGCGAUUUGUCACUACGUGCUGAUUGCAUACAAUCAGUUUCGAAGAUCCUCUCAAUUGUUUGUCUUCCAUAGCAGGUGACUACUUCUCACUUGCAUCAACCACAUUUGACUGAGGUCUGCAUGAUCUUGCAAACAGUUUUGCAGUUUGUCUUGCCGUUUGCCCGCCUAGUUGUUUGCCCA